AUGUCAGCCAGAGCUAUAUCUUCCUCUUUGAGGGGACGAGCUUUCAGAGCUGUUAGGUAUUCAUCGACUACCGCCCCAGCUCAAGCUGCGAAGACUCCCGCUCCUCCUAAACCCAUUGAUGACAGUACGAGUGCUUUGGAUUACAAAAUCCACAAGACAGCUCGAAGACUCCCUCACCUCGUCACUCCCAAUCCACGAACACCUUCUGCCGAAGAGGCAGUGACCAACAUCUUGUACAACACACCACCUCCUUCUAACGAGCCUUACAAGAGACACUUGCUCAAUUGUUUGGUCCAAAAUGAACCGGGUGUGCUUUCGAGAGUGUCUGGUAUCUUAGCUGGAAGAGGGUUCAACAUCGACUCCCUCGUCGUAUGUCAAACUGAAAUUAGAGAUCUAUCAAGAAUGUGUAUCGUAUUGAAGGGUCAGGACGGAGUGAUUGAACAAGCCAGAAGACAAUUAGAGGAUUUGGUCCCCGUCUGGGCAGUCUUAGAUUACACCAAAACCUCAGUAAUCGAGCGUGAAUUACUCUUAGCAAAAGUCUCGAUUCUUGGACCUGAAUUCGCCGAGGCUCAAUUGAACAACUCUUCUGUCCCCGAUCAAUCGUUCGAGAACGCUUUAGAACACCAAUCUGCUCCAUCAUUCGUUCCAGCCGAAGGCUCAGGUCAAGAUAGUGCAAGUCAGAAGUUACAGAGAGAACAGGCAUUAGCUAGAUCAUUUGAGGGAUCAUCCGACGGACAAUCAUCGAUAGGAAAUCAACUUUAUCCUACUAGAAGAUCUGAAAUUUCUCCAUCGGAAGCAUUGAUAGCGAAAAACCUUCAUUUAUCAGCUAUCAAGACUCUCUCCGAUCAGUUCAGCGGUAAAGUAGUAGACGUUUCGGAGAAUAGUUGUAUUGUCGAAUUGACUGCCAAGUCUUCGAGGAUCGAUGCGUUUUUGAGUCUGAUGAGACCAUUUGGAGUACUUGAGGCUGCUAGAUCAGGUGUUAUGGUCCUUCCUCGAACUCCCAUCCCAAGGUAUGGUGAGGAAGAAGAUGCCGUAGCUGAGAAAGAGGAAGUUGAUUUGUCCAUGUUACCUCCUGGAUAA